AUGGAGGGCAGGCGUAACCCGUUCCUACCGCAGCCAAAGGCGGCGGAGGCUGUUCCGUCGCAACCUUCGUUUGGCCAGCAGGCGGCGGGCAGCCUCAGUUUUGGUCAAUACAUGGCUUCCAAGAUUCAAAAGCUCCGCACGCAGAACGACGGCAUCAAGAAAUCGAGCCGCAUUUUUGACGGCGUCGCGAUCUACGUCAAUGGCCACACGGAGCCACGGAAGGAAAAGCUGCGCACGUUGAUCCUCGAACACGGCGGACAGUUCGAGGCAUACCAGACGAGUCGGGUCACGCAUAUGAUUGCCGAACAACUGGCAGACUCAAAGUUGCGUGAAAUCAUGAGCAUGAAGAAACCACUGCCUGUGGUGCAUCCAAAGUGGAUUGUCGACAGCAUCGCGUCUGGCAAGCGUCGUUCCCUUCAUACGUACAUCUACUCCCGCUGCCACGACCCCUUGCAGCCCACGUUUGGCAUAUCUGCGAAUCCAACGCCUCGUCUGAUGGACAACAUCAUCGCAUGCGAAGUCCAGCCCUCGACGGCCACGAAGCUGACACCGUCCAUGCACCCUCCAUCGCUUGAGCCAGCUCCUCCAAGCGCUCAGCGGCGUCCUGUCGAAGCGCCACGUACCCCUCAGGAAUGUCCACGGUCUCAAACUACCAUCCUACCAACUACUGCAAUUGCAAACGGAGCCUUCCACGCUUUGUCCAAUGACAACGAACGGUCUCGUGUGUGUCCAACCUUCCCACCGCCGCUCCAUUUAACGAGUAGUUAUCGAAGCAAAAAUUUGCCGCCCACGUCCCCACCACCUCCAACCACUCGACCAGCAGCCGUACAACCGCCCCCAACCACGUCAGCGGCCAAGCUAAACAUGUUUCAGCACCCCCAACCAGCCAAGAAACCGUCAGUCCCAUUGUUCAAUGCUGCGCCAGUCAGUUUCGGGGAGUACAUGACAUCCAAGAUUGCCAAGUUGCGCGACCAAGCGGUCAGUCAUGUGAAGAGAACGAGUCGGGUGCUGGACGGCGUCGUCGUGUACGUGAAUGGACACACACAUCCAUCCAAGAUGGCGCUGCGACUGCUGGUGCUGCAGCAUGGAGGCGCGUUCGAGAGCUACUUGACGAAUCAAGUGACCCACGUGGUGGCCACGCACCUGUCGACAUCGAAAGCGCUUGAGAUGACGAGCAGUCGAAAGAAGAAGCCGCUGCCAGUGGUGCACCCGCAGUGGAUCGUCGACUGUGUAGCCCAACAACACCGCCUGCCUGUGCACUUGUACAUAUACUCGCAUAUGCACCCAAAGUACUCUCCUUCUUCGUCUGGGGCGCGUUCUAGCCAUCCAAUUACACCAAGUCCGUUGCCCCCACCAGUUGUUGGUUCAAUGUACGACAGCAAUCUCGAACAUAUGGACAUCCCUGGUCAAGCGAGUUGUGACGACGUCAACCUGGCGCAAAGAUCACCUGCACAACAAGACGUAUCCCCGCCAAGAACCUCGUCGAACGGGGCCCAACUGACUCAGUGCAUGGACGACCAGUCGUCUCCGGUUGGAUCAAUCAACUUGUUCCCAUAUUCGCAAACGCAGCCACUGUCUUCUCCGGCGUCGACGAUAACGUUGUCGCAGGGGUCUGUCGAUGACUCAGUCGACAUUCCAGCUACCCAACAGCUCUCGUACUCGCAGGACAACGAAGAUAGUCCAGGGCGAGGCAGGGACAACACAUCGAACCAUGUGACGUCUCCAUCCACUCCGUCGCAUCCUCACCAUGAUGCUGCUAAUGAUGCAGAUGAUGGUUGGCCGCACGCAAUCGACGAGCAAGAGCUCGAAAUCACGACAUCUCAACACGCCCAUGACUCAUCACUCGACUCGCCCCCUCCAAGCCAGACUCAAGUCCUGUCUCCUCUGAUAGAAACCCGCCAACAAGACUCCAUUGACACCAUCGAGAAGGAUCAAUCCUCGUGUAACCAUCACCAUCUAAUAGCCCAUAACCAGAGUCGAGACGUGGCUGGGACGGUAGACGCAGCAACAGCAGCAACUGGUAUGCCCCCCAAGGUCACCCCACCAGCCACGUUUCGACCUAUCAAGUCGACCAAAGACGGUGCGGCGGCGUUCGUCCGAUCAUUCUUUGCAAACUCGCGACUGCAUCACAUUGGGUCAUGGAAGAGCUUUUACAUGCAGCACGUGGCCGAGUUUACGUCGACGACAGACAUGUCGACACUGUCGUUUGGUUCCUGCGACAAGGUGGACCGCGUGAUUCUGCAUGUGGACAUGGACUGCUUCUUCGUAUCCGUGGCCAUCCGCCACAUGCCGUCAGUGUACCAGACGCUGCCGGUGGCGGUGGCGCACUCUGGGUACUCGUCUCACGGAGCACUUGGCUGCGACGAGGUCGAACUCCCACCCAACCCCCCUGGGCCCCACACGCGCAUGCGACAAGGGACGUCGGAAAUUUCAUCGUGUAAUUACAUUGCUCGUUCAUUUGGCUUGAAGGCGGGUAUGUUUAUGGAGACGGCCAAGGCACUGUGCCCGAAUUUGAUUGUGCUGCCCUACAACUUUGCCGAAAUCGAAGCAGUGUCGUGCCAAAUAUACAAACUAUUCCAUCAGUUUACCCCCGCGGUGCAAGCUGUGAGUUGCGACGAAGCAUUUUUGGAAUUUCCCAUCGGCACCGAUGGAAUGCAAGUUGCCCGAGACAUUCGCAGGACAGUAUUUGACGCUACAAAGUGCCACGCGAGUGUGGGUGUAUCGUACAACAUUCUCUUGGCGAGGUUGGCCACAAAGCAAGCCAAGCCCAACAAUGUGUUUGAAAUCUCAUCCGAGACCGCGUCGGACCAUAUUCACGGCCUUUCGGUGCGGGACCUUCCUGGUGUCGGUCAUGUCCUGCAUUCGAAAUUGACGGAGUUGAACAUUCACACAUGCGACGACGUGCUAAAGUGGUCAGAUGCGGACCUGGGUCGCCACUUCGGCGCCAAGACCAGCGUCAUGCUGCGCCAGUUUGCACGAGGCAAAGACACGCGGCCGUUGGAGUUGGCGCCCCAUGUCAAGUCCAUCUCGGCCGACGUCAACUAUGGCGUCCGGCUCGCCGACGGACCUGCCGCGAUCGAAUUUGUUCGGGCGCUGGGGGCCGAAGUGCACUCUCGACUGGUCAAAGCCGGGUUUGCGACCGCGGCGCUCACGUUGAAGCUCAAGAUACGGCACCCCGACGCCCCAGUAGAGCCCGCCAAGUACAUGGGUCAUGGCCGAACGGACGACUGCAGCAAGUCGACGCGGUUGCCAGCGCCGACCAACGACGUACAAGUGAUCGAAGCUACGUGUGUGACACUGUUGAACCAGCUCAAGAUAGUCCCGCACGACUUGCGAGGGGCGGGCGUCCAAGCCAGUCGACUUACCCGAGUCGUGCAAAACCAAUCGAACGGCACGAACAAGAUGGACAAUAUCCACCAAUACUUUACAGCUGCCGCUUCCCAGGACAUCCACACGUCGGUUGCGGAUGUAUCAGGAGCAACUGGUACAGCAACGACAGGUUGUCCAUUGCAAAGUGGUGCACUACCUCCUCGCCCCAGUCGUCGUCGUCUACGGCCGGUGGAGGAGGCCACCAUCGUCACAAAUGACCGCGCGUCCAAAGUUCAGAAGCGACAGACCACAGAGGGUACCCAUCAUCGUCCCAUGUGGAGCGUGCCAACCCUGUCACAGAUCGACCCGGACGUCCUCAACACGCUGCCCGAGGCGCUUCGCCGCGAGAUUCUCCACCAAGUGGCGCCGCCGACUGUGCCGACGUCGUACUCGCAGAUCGAUCAGUCCGUCUUGAACGCGCUUCCCAAGCCCCUGCGCGACGAGAUCCAACAUCACUUUCCCAAAACCAUGCAUCUUCGCCAGUGUGCCGCGUAUUCCAAGGCCAAACCUCCUCCCACAAAGCCAGCGGCGUCGGGCCGAUGUGGUCGAAUGUCGCAAGUGGACGCGGGUGUGUGGGCCGCGUUGCCGCCGUCCAUCCAACGUGAACUGUUGAGCGAAGUACCAGUCGACACAUCACUUGGUCUGAGCGAGCGAUCGGCAGCACCGCCGCCAUCUUGCUUGACGAUGGAUACAGCGGUGCCAGUUCUAAAGGCAAAGAUUCAACAGUUUGGACUCGCCGACGUCGGCGCGCUGCUUCGGCGGCUCAAGCGACAGCAUGGGAAGGCCGAUCCCCGUCGAUUCAACGCCGUCCUAGCGAGUAUCAACGCCCAUGUCCGCCAAUUGUACGGUCACGAUCUUUCGCCAGCCGUCGUGGGUCCAUUUGCGUGCUUGGACGUCGAUUGA